GCCUAUAUAAGCAGGCGGCGGGCGGGUGUGCGGCCUUUCCCUGCGGUGCGAGCGGCUACAAAGAAUGGAGCGAAAGGCAGCCUCGCCCUGAAAACGAGAAGCCGGGGAAAGGAAUGUGAACACUACAAACUUGGGAGGUUUCCUCCAAAAACUCAGAAAAAUGUGACUACAAUACGGGCCGAAAAGUCUUCAUCCUAGAAGUCAGGUUCACUCGAGGAAGACAGUAUUGAUUUCUUUUGAAAUGUAAUGCAAAGCUGUUGAAGGUAAGUAUUAUGACAUCUUUUAGUACCAAGAAUAAAAUACUCCAGGCACAAUGUGUUAGCGAAAUGGCUGGUGCCAGUGAGUUGGAAUACAAAAACUAGAGUUGAAGUAGCAUCUGAGGUCUGGUCGUUUAAAGGACAUGGACAAGUCAAUAAAAAAGAAACUAACAGCUAUACAGUCGAUGCCUGUUGGCAGCAACACUGGGUAAGAGCAACAGCUACCUACCAGCCACCUUUCCCCUGGCAAUGUUUUUCCUGCCAUGCAUCUUCUGUCUGGUAACAGCAACACAGCUGCUGCUUAAGAGCAACACUUGUGGAUCAGGAGAUGCUUGACCUCGCUGUGCUUAGCAGCCUGCGGACACCAUGCCAAGAAGUCUCUCCCUUAAAGAGAAAGUUGAGAUUAUUCAGGCCUGUCAAGUUCCUGGAGCCAGUCAAAACCAAGUUGCUGUCAAGUGGGACUUGCACAGAUCAGUUGUUUGUAGAAUAUGGAAGCAGAAGGAUAAGCUUUUGUCUGAUUAUGAGGAUGGCCAGGCAAAGAGCAGUCGCAAACGCAAGCGGGAGGGGAAAGCCCCUGAUGUCGACAGGGCACUCUUUCACUGGCUCAAGGCAAAGAGGGCAGAAGGAGCUUUGCUUACAGGACCUAUCAUCAAGGACAAGGCCCUCCAGCUUGCUGCUGCAGCUGGACUCAGUGACUUUAAGGCGAGUGAUGGUUGGUUCAGCAUGUGGAAGAAACGAUUCAACAUCACAUACAGAAAGGAGCAUGGAGAGCAGCAGUUGAGGGACAAGCUGUCAGCUGUGCAGUGGCAGACUCAGAGACUUCCUCAGGUCCCUGAGAAGAUUUAUCUAGCUGACAUCUACAGUGCAGACAAGACUGGGUAUUAUUUGAAGGAGCUCCCUGGCAGUGGACUCAGAAUAAAAACAGAGAAGCUGGAAGGUGGUACUAUUUCCCAAGACAGAGAUUGUCUUGGUCUCUCUCCUGAAGAAUGGCAGGAUGUAAAACCAAAACUAAUUUCCAGCUGCUUCAAAAGGGGCAAGGUAAUAAAGUUUCACGCGGUGCCAGGGGAGGAGGAGGGAGGCAGGGAUGCAGAAGAAGGUGUUGCCCCCCCGAACGAUAUUCCACUCACGAGUAAAAUGACGGAAGAGAGUGUGGCGGAUGCUGCAGCUAGGGAUGAGGGUGUGCCCGGGUUUGGAGAGCCAAGCGUUGGGGAGUUCGUUGGCACUGCUGCCACUAGACCAGAGAAACAUCUGUGGGUUGAAAAGACUGAUGAUAAGGGGACAGAACAAGUGGGUGAGCGUGAUCUUGAUGAAAUUCUACCUCCCACAAAUGCAGACGUGUUGAAGGCUUUGAGCAUGGUUUGGCACUUCUCACGGCAAGAAAGGCUGGGAGACAAGGUUUAUAGGUCCCUUCAGGACAUCAAAUCCCAUCUCCAAAACAAAAUGGCAGCAGAAGCAGUGCGAAUUAACAGAGUUCUUCCCCAAGAUACCUUGAGUUGAUCCUUUUCUGAUUUCAGCAGCCUGGAAUUACAAUGCACUUUGUGGAGCAUGACUUUAAUUUAGCUUGUGUUGGUUGUCAAUAGUGGUGGCUUGGUGGUUGUUUGAACCAAAAAA